AUGAUUCAACACCUCAAGCGAGCUCAGAAGUACGCCAAGCACAUUAGGGAACUUGUUGUAGAAGACGAGCGUAUCGCCCCUGAUGCGGAUUCUGCACAGUAUGGUCAUGUCGCAUUACCUUUCCUUUGGAAUCACAGUGACCACUUCAACGCUGGGGCGAAAGAUCCUGCAGAACGCGACCGUAAACUCGAACAAAUCUUGGAUCUCAUUCCGAUAAAUGCACUUCGCACAUUUCGAUCACUGGACAUGAGACUUGCUGCAAACCAAGCAAACAUCACAGCCCUCCAACUCCGUCUCCAUGCCGACUAUGGAAACCCCAGUCAGCUACCAGCAAUCUUCCACCGAGAAGAUGGUCUGAAACGACUUGAUGUGCACAUUGUCGAUGAGUCGCUUGUCACACUUCUGCUCGACAACAUCGAAAACAUUGGAAGAAACCUGCAGUCCUUGUCUCUGUAUGGUUCAAGUGAAAGUGGAAACUUUCAACUCUCCAGCAACCCGAUCAAAAACCACGCCUGGAAAGGUCAAAGGCGCACACUUCCCUUAAAGGAACUUAGGUUAACGAACUGGAGGUUGAAGGACACCUAUACGUCUCUGUCGAAAAUCAUUGACUUCCACCGGCUGCUGAAGUUGGAUCUUGCAAAAUGCAUGGAUAGCUUCGAAUUCCUGUCCGCCAUGACAAACGCAAAGCCGGAUACGAAGUUUCAUCUUAGGCAUGUUGGGCUUAACGACGAUUUCUAUCGCGAGGACGCAAUAGAACUCCCACGAGAUGGGCGUAACGUAUGUCUGAAGAGCUUAUUUCAAGCAUGUCCAGACAUCAGCAGCCUUCAUAUUGGCGCCAAUCAGCUCAGUCCUCUACCUCCAGCCCUGAAAGAGUAUUUGGCGAGCCGAGGCCCAGAGUUGAGGGUUCUGAGUCUCGUUUCCGAGCACAGUGUGCUUCACGAGAAUGACUUUGACUUUGUUUGCAAGUCAUGCCCCAACCUUGAGGAGCUGGCUGCCAGGGUGGAUGAGGAAUAUUUCGUAGCCGGUAUGGGCUACGGUAAUUUGGAAGAGUUUUUAGAUUCUAUACGACGCCUACAGAGGCUCCGUACACUGCAUGUCCAAUGCCCGGUGGUCAGCGACAUGUUCGGCAGUUGGAGCGAGAGGGGCGGCUACGCACGCAACGACUCUCAAAUCCUAGCAACGCAGAUGCAGACGUUUGCCAACCUUGUUUAUGGAGAAUUCUUCAAGAACUCACAUUUCAACCUCGAAGUUCUCAUUAUCGGACACCUGAGACCGAUGCUGCGGGACAGCAUGGCUUAUCCUGCGGAGAUAUUCAGUUUGGACCCGGGGCCUCGCUACUUGCCGCAAUUCUGCUUCAUUAGAAGUCGUCAAGAGGACUGGUUGGGACGCUCUACGACGACUGGCGUGCCGGUAUCGAGGUCCUUGCUACGCCGGACGCAUCUCCAUGUGAACAUACUGGACGUGGACUGCGUGGAACCGUUCGAGCAAUGGGUCGGUCAAGCCAUCUGA